AUGCAGAGGCAUGAGCAGCAAAUCCGAGUGGACAUUAUUGAAAUUGAAGCCAAAUAUUUUCCGCGGGACUCGUUGAUGCCGAACUUGGCAGAAUUAGAGGCAACCAUCACACACAGCAACAGCCAUGGUUUUGGAGAUGGACGAGCCAAUUGUGGGCAAAGUGCCCAGCUUUCCGAAAGUCCAAGUGCCCUUGGACAAAUGUUUGGGAUACAGAUACUGGCUCAGGUGUGGGCCCAGCGUUUACUCCAGAAGGCAAUAAAGCGACCUUUGCUGCAGGGCGUGCACGAUAUGUCAAAUGCACAAUUGGGAAUCAGCUCCUUGCGAAUAAUGUAUGGUACCCCUGGGCUGCCAUCAAAGAAAUCCAAGUCCAUCAGGUUCCAGAAUCAGCGGCAACCAACGACUGUUUUGAUUUGGUCAAAUGACUGCAGACUUGGACGCUCUAUGAUGUAUUACAAGAAUCUCUUCCUCGAUAGCUACGGUCCCUACAUUCCUGACGGGAUUGUCAAUCAAUACCCUAACCUUGAAGCUGUUUGCAGCAGGUUUCUCUCGUCUUCAACUUCGAAUGACAAGAAGCUUGCCUUUGUUGCAGAGAGCGACGAAAUUGUUGACACGCUCCUCGCAUACUCGGUUGAAGACAAACAGGGGCUGCGUGGUUGCGAAAGGAGGCAGAUAGCAACGGUUCGGAGACAGCAAGCUUGCUCGUACCCACAUGCGGUUGACUUAUUGCCAACCUCUGGCUACUAG